ACGAGCGUGUGUGUUAGCUAACACACACUGCUAGCAGAAGGUGAGGGGAAAAGGAAAAAAAAAAAAACGCGCACGGCACAAGAGUCACACAGUAUAGAGCCAUCGCAAGAGUAAGAGAGUGGCCAGUCGUAGACCGGCCGAACUCGCGGUCGGAUCACACACGCACGUCUUUGAUUUUCUUCACCGAUUGAAUCAGUCGAUUAUAAUUUUUUUUCUUUUGGUUUUUGCCCCCCAUUGUUUGACCUCGCUCAUCUUUUUUAACCUGCCACUCGUUAAGAGAAAAUCUGUUGUGGUGGUUGUGGUGAUUCGCUUGACCGUUUUUGUAUUGGCUGGGACCGUGAGUGCGACACUGAAGUGAUCGUGACAUCAUCGUUAUUUCUUCUGCUUUGAAUCCAACAACAAGAUUUUGAUUUGAUGUGCCAAGUGUCUUACAAAAAAAAAAAAAAAAAGAAAAGAAAUUAUCCCGUGCUGUUUGCAGAUUGCUCUAGUGCCUAAUUCGCCCGUCUCGAAAUCGCUUAAACGCUAGCGACUUGAACGCCGGAACUUGAGGCCAAAGACAAGCCGGAAACGAAGGAUCGGAACAAUAUACAGUGACACAAAGUGUUGGGUUUCGGACAAACUCUUCAUCUAUUCGUGAAUGAAAAUGGCUGUCUUCGCUGCCCAACAUCAAUCGGUCGCCUGCGAUACACUCAAAAUGAACCAGCUGUGCAAAGUGUGCGGUGAACCAGCUGCCGGCUUCCAUUUUGGCGCCUUCACCUGCGAGGGUUGCAAGUCGUUUUUCGGACGAUCGUACAACAACCUGUCGGUGAUAUCCGAAUGCAAGAACGGCGGCCAGUGCGUCAUCAACAAGAAGAACCGGACGUCGUGCAAGGCCUGCCGACUUCGCAAAUGCCUCCUGGUGGGCAUGUCGAAGAGCGGCUCCCGUUACGGACGCCGCUCCAAUUGGUUCAAACUCCACUGUCUGAUGCAAGAGCAAGGUCCCGUCUCUUCCGUCUCCGUCUCCUCGUCCUCGCCGAAUUCCAACGGCAACAACAACAACAACAACAACAGCAGCAACAACAACAAUAGCUCCAUGUCGAUGGGUGGCAUGGGCAAUAAUCCGUCUCCUAAUUCGUCGGCCGAAUCGAUCGCAGCUCACCAUCAAUCAUCCAGUUUCCAUCACCACCAUCAACAGGCAUUGCGACGCGCUGGAUUCCAUCAGCAUCACCUGAUGACCGCUGCGGCCAUGGUGGUGGGCGGUCCGGGCGUUCCGUCCAGCAUGUCCAGCAACGAAUCGAAUAAAGACGACGCCGAAGCUGAGUGCAAAAACUCUUCGGCUUCGCCGUCCGUCAGUUCGCCAGGGUCACCUCACCAUUCAGAUUCUUCGCUGGAGUUGGAUCCAUCUUCGGUAGCCAGCGCUGAGCGCACCAGUGGCAAACAGAGCAACAAUCACCGGGGGCAUCACAACAAUCAUCACAGUAGCUUACAUCAUCACGCUGCCCUGGCUGGCCUGGCUGGCCACCAUCACAAUCCUUUCGUCAACGGGUUGAAACAGCCCUUCAAUCCGGCUGACUUCUUCCAGCCGUUGGGCAUGCCGAUGCUUCCGCCUCAUUUGCAAGCGGCGGCGGCGGCUGCGGCGGCCGCCGCAGCAGCAGCCAAUCUCCAUCAUCACCACGGGUUCUAUCCACCUAAUCUUCCGGCGCCGAGGCUCCUCUUCCCGGCCGGAAUGGGCUUCCCAUCGUCGGCCAGUUCGCCUCCCACCAGUCUCAGCGGCAGCGGGUCCAAAUCUCACGGCUCCUCCUCGGCCACGCCCAAUUCAUUGCUGCUGGACGCUGCCAGUGCCAGAGCCGCCAAGAAGUUCAACAUCGAAUCGAUGCUUCACCUUCACCAGCAACAACAGCAACAGCAACAGGAACAGCUGCAAAAGCAACAACUCUUACGCAAGUGUUCUACCUCGUCCUCGUCCCUGAAGGUGACGCCCCCGCCGUUGCAGCAAUCGCCGCUGGAAGAGCAGGACACGCCGAUGGAUCUGUCGGUCAGAAGUUCGUCGGUUGCCAUUAAAGAUGAAAAUGUCUCGGAACAUUCGGAUUGCGCCGCCUCCUAUCUCCGCCUCCAUCACGCCGAUUCCGACUACGACAGCAAUGAGAGCGACACGCUCAACGACGACGACGACGCCGACAUCGACGACGAUUCCGAUCAUCACGCAGCUGACGGAAGCAGCGACAUGGAACGGAAGCCUUUUCAUCCGCUAGAUUUGACGCGGAAGUAAAAAACAAAAAAACAAAAACAAAAAUGGUAUUAGAUGUCGUGUAAGCCGAUUGAGAGCCGCUGUAGUACAUGACUGUGCUGUGCCACUCGCUAUGCCCUGGGCGUGGCUUAUUCCCUUGUUUUCCAUUUUUUGGGGGGGGGGUUUUGAUUCUCGUUUUUUUUAUUUUAUUUUUUUUUUUUUCGUUCGUGUCAGGAACUCACAAUACCGACUACUUCUACUGCCCGCCUUUCUCGUUUCAUAACAUUCAACCCAAAUUGUUGUCGAUCCUCAAACACAUUCCGGAAAAAAAGCUGAAAAAGAUUUUUUUUCUUUUAAAACAAAACAAAAAUCAAUUCCGGAAUCAUAAAAAAAAAACAAAAAAAAAAAAACAAUUAGAGAUUAAAUGAACUUUUAUAUCAAACUCCCGGUGGUUUAAUUUUUGUGUUUUUUGGUUGUCAUUUGUAAUUCGUGUUUUAAUGUUCAUUAUUCCAUGUGUAUAUGUACUACGGUUGCAUCGCAUUUCAAGUGUGCGGAUGUAGGAUUAACAAAUCAUCAGAUUUAUUCCACAGUGGCCAGUUUGUUACGCGCUUUGUUUUCUGUUCUACGGGGUUUUUCCCAUUCGAAAAACAAAAACGACGGUGACAACACACAAUCCCCUCUCCUUAUUCUUUCACCACAAGAUUUCCAAUUCGAGGUUGCCAAUAAUGAACGAUUCAGAGAACAUAUGACUAAAUUGUGUGUCUCAUAGAGCCUAAAAGAAAAUUGAUCAGGCGAUAGCAAAAAUUGUUUGAUGCACAUGUCAUUUUCAUAUGUCUAGCUUUAUGUUUUCCCUUCUACGCUUUAUAUAUACAGGACAGAGCAGUGGUGCGUUCAUCCAUCGCUGAUGCACGACGAUUCAUUUUGUUUUGUUUUUUCGAUGCCAGUGAUCCGUUUUCCUUCUCUUUUCAUCCCUUUCUCUGUCGCCCCUUUUGUCUCGCUUUGUAUUUUGUAAGAGAUGUACAUAGUUUUAUAACAGUUUGUGCGUUCCGGUGCAGACGAGAUAGACAUAAUUAUAUCUAGGAUUUAUUAUUAUUUUUUCUUUUUUAUCUGUUCAUUUCCCCUCCUUUUAAAGCCUAUCUAUCCUUCCUUUCCUCUCUUGUAUAUUGUGUUGUUCAGAUUGGUAGGGAAAGUUCAUUAAAAAAAAAAAAAGGGCAUUUUUUUUUUCUUUUUCUUUCUUUAUUGCCCGGAGAAUCGACGACCCGCUGUGGGUGGGUUCGACGGACAAAAGACGGAGGGACAUUUUGAGCCAGUUUGUUUCAGCUAAUGUAUAACAUUGCCACACAUUCCAUGUCGUAGCGACUCUCUGUUUUCUAUCGCAGCCAUUUCCUCCUGCCAGUCCCUUUUAAUGAAAAAAAAAACAAAAAAUCCGUUUUUCUUAUUUGAAACUUUCAAACGUCUUCCGGGUAUUGUCCGGACGAUUCCGGAAAGCGAUGAAUUCAAACUGACCAAAUAAAUUUUCUUUUUUUUUUUUUUUUUUUCAAAAAUAAGUACGAACGAAAGAUACAUUCCACCAUUAAAAACAUGAGACCGUUAAUAAGACAAGACAACAACAAAAAAAAAAAAAAAUGCAAUCGGAUUGAUAAACAAGAGCUGUGGGAUGAAAAUAAAAAAAAAAAAAUUAUAAAUCCCGAAAAAGGCCAUCAGAUAUAUCACGACAUUCCGAAACCUUUCACAGUCUGAGGUAUUUCUGCGUACCUGAUAACAAUCGAGGAUUCUUGAGCAAUCACGACCCAACCUCACAUUCACGCUCUCACUUUAAGACACAUCCGGACGCGAACUACAAAUCGGUACGCUUCCCUGCCAAAAGGGGCCAAAGGUUUUUUAUACACCAGCAUCACACCUGCCUUGUCUCAUGUCCAUCAAUGUCCCCCCCACUCACGCAAAAACUGUCGGUCGUUCUUUUUUUUUUUUUUUUAUGUAAGAGAGGAAGGGAAUUCCGAUAACGAAACCGGAAUCAAAAUGUUUGGCUGAAUUGUGUCUCAAGCGUUUCAUCAUUCGUUUGAGGGAAGAUAACAACAAGAAAAAGGUCAUGGAAACACAACACACCCGAUGCAAAUUCUUUUUUCUUUCUCUCUCUCUCUCUCUAUCUCUCCUCCCACAACUAGUUUGAACGAAGUGUCUGUAUGCAUGUGAUUUCAUUUUGUGGUUUUUUUUUCUCAUUGUUUUCUGGGCUGUAUACGUUCGUCUAUUUCUUAUGUGGAGGUGGAUUUGGUUUUUGUUCAACAUUUCCUUAUACCCAUAUGACCGGUUUUCUAUACUUUGCUCCUCGACUGUUGAUCACGGUGUUCUGCUGCUUUGGACUGCUGACGCAAUCCAAAUGUGUUGAUGAUUUCUUAGUUUCUUUGACAAAUGUGACACUUUGCAUAAACCAUCCUCCCCCCCCCUCCUCCCAACAAAAAACAUGAAUUUCAAACAAGUGCCGAUAGCUCCACAAACUGUUGAAUGUUCCCAAAGAGAAUUACGAAAUAAUAAUAAACGAUGGCUUCCAAUUUUUAAA